UCCCGGGAAGUGUGUCCCUCUUUGCCCACUCUCUACUUGUCGGCUAAAUGGGUGAUCACGCAUUCGCCCUGCAGCCGCCUGGUCCCUCUAACAUCAUAUCCCUGUCGGAGUUGUCCCAGUUAAUCAGAUGCUACGGCGGCAGCCCCGCGCACGACCUGCUCAAUAACAGUCCCAGUAAUAACUCCUCGUCUCUGUUUCCCCCCGUUUCAGCUCAGCAAACCAUGCAGGAUGAUUUACUGAUGGACAAAAACAAAGCCCAGUCUCACCAUCAGCAAGAUCGGACGCAAGUAGACCCUCCUCCCUCCACCCCGACCCCGUCAUCGGAGCCCACUUCUUCUUCAUCGGAGUCGGAGAGCCCGUCGACCGGGUGCAAUCAAGCGGCUUCAGCGCUGAGCGGCAGCAGCAGGGACACAGUGCCGAUGGAGUCGCCGAUCCUGCCCGGGUUGAGCUUCCACCAGCAGCCGCAGGAGACCGGCGGGCCCCUCUCCUCCCCGUCCUCCUCGUUCGGGAGCACCUGGUCCACGGGAACCACAAACGCCGUGGACGACAGCUUUUUCCAGGGAAUACCGCCGGUGAACGGCACGAUGCUUUUCCAGAACUUCCCCCACCAUGUCAACCCGGUGUACGGGGGCAAUUUCUCCCCGCAGAUCGGCCUGGCUCCGCAGUCCCAACAGCAUCAGCAGCAGCAGCAGCAGCAGCAGCAGCAGCAGCAGCCCCAGCAGAGGAGGUCUCCUGUCAGCCCCAGCCAAGGCCCUUUCCCCCAGAGAAACGCUUAUCAGACGGUCAUGAAUAACGGCAAGGGCUCGUCUUCUCCUGCCUCGUCGUCCGCUUGGAAUAAUCACCAAAACGCCGCCUGGAGCACGGCCUCCAACCCCUGGAGCGGGCUGCAGGCGGGCAGGGACCCGCGCAGAGCGGUGGGCGUCGGGGUAGGGGUCGGCGUCGGAGUCGGGGUGCCAUCACCUAUGAACCCCAUCUCCCCCAUGAAAAAGUCCUACACCAGCAACGUUAUCGCACCCCCCAAAUUCCCAAGACCCGGUCCCCUCACCCCCAAGCCCUGGAUGGAGGACAGCGCCUUCAGGACUGACAACAGCAACAACAUACUGCCUUUCCAGGACCGGAAUCGGCCCUUCGAUGCUUUUAGCUUGCACUCUUUGGAGAAUUCCUUAAUGGAUAUGAUAAGAACUGACCAUGACAAAGGUAAACCACACCCUGCCGGUGGCCCACCAAUGACUAUCGCUGAUAUUAUAUGGAGGAAUCAUUUUGCAGGACGUAUGGGCCUAAACUUUCAUCAUCCUGGAGCAGACCACAUAAUGCCAUUGAACACCAGGAGCUAUGGCCGUAGAAGAGGUCGUUCUUGCCUUUUCCCCUUUGAAGAUGGUUUCCUCGACGAUGGCCACGGUGACCCCUCCUUGACCCCGGGCCUGAACUCGCCGACCCGCUGUCAGAACGGAGAGCGGAUGGAGCGCUACUCCAGGAAGGUCUUUGUUGGAGGACUUCCACCCGACAUAGAUGAAGAUGAAAUCACCAACAGUUUCCGUCGCUAUGGGCACCUGGUGGUUGACUGGCCCCACAAAGCUGAAAGCAAAUCCUACUUCCCACCCAAAGGCUACGCCUUCCUGCUGUUCCAGGAAGAGACCUCUGUUCAGGCCUUAAUCGACGCCUGCAUCGAGGAGGAUGGCAAACUGUACCUGUGUGUGUCCAGUCCCACCAUCAAAGACAAACCGGUCCAGAUCCGUCCCUGGAACCUGAGCGACAGUGACUUUGUCAUGGAUGGCUCCCAGCCUCUGGACCCCCGCAAGACCAUCUUUGUCGGAGGAGUGCCGCGGCCCCUGCGUGCAGUGGAGCUGGCGAUGAUCAUGGACCGGCUGUACGGCGGCGUCUGCUACGCCGGCAUCGACACCGACCCGGAGCUGAAAUACCCGAAGGGAGCCGGCCGGGUCGCCUUCUCCAAUCAGCAGAGCUACAUCGCUGCCAUCAGCGCUCGCUUCGUUCAGCUGCAGCACAAUGACAUCGACAAAAGGGUGGAGGUGAAGCCUUACGUCCUGGAUGACCAGAUGUGCGACGAGUGCCAGGGGGCGCGCUGCGGGGGGAAGUUCGCCCCCUUCUUCUGUGCCAACGUCACCUGCCUGCAGUACUACUGUGAGUACUGCUGGGCCAGCAUCCACUCGCGAGCCGGCAGAGAGUUUCACAAGCCACUGGUGAAGGAGGGGGGGGACCGCCCUCGACACGUGUCCUUCCGUUGGAGCUGAGGGGGGGUCCGUGAGUCGACCCUGCCCCGGUGAACCCACACCUGACCCCCAAAAAAAGAAAAAAAGGCCUCCUGCUAUCUCACAGCCUGGGACAGUACUGCAACACCCCCCCCCCUCCCACAAUACACAGCCCCAUCUACUCCACCCGGCUCCCCACAAACACCUCAUGAAAAAAAGGAUACCGCCAAACACACGGGACUGUCGUCAUGCCUCGCGGCUCUGAACUCAUCGCCUGGUGUUCCCCUCUGAUGAAGCUUUGUAGGGGAAAAGAAAAGAGAAAGUCUAUCAGCGUAGAAUUUGCACUUUGGCACAAGAUUUCACUAAACACACACACACACACACACACAUAAUGGUAUGUUUGACUCCUGGCUACUUUCAGUUCCCCGCUCUGUUGACUGGGUGGUGUGGUACGUCCUCUUGGACCCACCGCCCCCUUACUGAGACAGAGGUGGGACCUUACAAAUAUUUUUAAAAGGGUAUAUAUUUGUUGUUUUCUUAUCGAUCUAUACAUAUAAAUAUGAAUAUAAGUAUAUAGAUCAUUCAAAUUGUAUGCAACAGGAGCAUGCACUUAGUUAUAUGGCCCCUAGUAAAAAUCAUAAUUACCAAAGGCAAGUGAAAUUAAUGCACAGAGAAAAGCAGCUGGCAUAAGAUGUAGCAAGAUUUAACAUCUAUCCAUUAGUGUGGGCCCGUAUCACCCAGAGUAAAAUAACACGGCUGCAUUCGCUCUCAAUUCUGACUCUGAAAAUAUGAAUACCUCAUAACGCGCAUUCAGAUAUUUGUUUUCAAUAUCUAGGUCUUUAUUUUUAUAAUAACAUUAUUUUUUAGUGUUAUGUAAAUGUAAUGCUGCAAUAGCUUUGCUGCUGAAUACAUGGUAUAAACAGAUACCAUAAGUACUUUAUUCAGGCGAGUGUUUAAAAUAAUAAACAACAGAUCCAGAGAAGCACCGACGAGCCAUCCAGGGGGGAAGGGUGGGGGGCGCCCCUAACUGCAUGUUUAUUUCAAUCAGGUUGCUGCAUGCAAUACACUUUUCAGUAUCAUGUCUACUAUUCAAUUCUGCCCAUGUUUGCACAAUACACUGUAGGCAUACAUUCGACUCGCACGGAACUGGACAGAAACUGGUCAAAGGAUUCAUGGGAGCUCUGUGUCACCGGUCGGCCACAGCUGAUAGCUCCUGCACAAACAGGCGGUGCACACAUCCAGACAGCGAGGAGGGGAAAUACUUUUAAUAAUCACAAAUCAAAUUAAAUGUAGGAUAACCAUUUAAAACUGUCUAUGAUAGGUGAAGUACUUUUUUGCAGUGAUUGUUGAUAUAAUUGUGCAAUUUUUUAUACCGUAUGUAGUUAGGUCUGAGUAUGCCUAGAACUGUGAUUCGCUUUAACUGUCGUUAAUGUCCGACAUAGAAGUCCUGUGAAACUUCAUAACUAGUGUAUACACACGUGCAGUAUAUAUGUUCUCUUGUACACACACACACACACACACACACAGACACCAGGAUACACAGAAGCCUCUCACACAUGAACGCACAUACAAACACAAGGACGGCUAUUCUCACACAAACAGGUCUACAAACACCGAGUCUGAUCUGAAUAGAAGACGCACCAAUGUGAGCUUAAACUGAGAACUGAGUUAUUCUUGUUGGUUUAUUUGUUUGUCGGUUUGUUCCACCGUUGACAAAAAUAAGGAAAAGGAAAUAAUGCACGUUUACGUCCCACAAUGCAACCAAAGAGCUUACACGUUUGACUUUUUACAGACCACCUGACAACACACAGGGCGAUUUUAGACGAGAGGCGGACGGGGGGAGGUGGGUGGGAGUUGGGGGUGAGGUUAGAAAACGAAUCGUAGAAGCUACUGGAGACUUGAGGUGCUCUGCACAUGCUCUCACUACACG